UUUUUGUCUCUUCUCUGUGAGUGAACGUUGCCUGCUGACUAAGCACAUCAUCCCACCUCUCAAAAAAGGGGGUCACAGCACCAUUUCGUCUCUCAUCUCCACUUCACCAAACAAAGGAGUUCACCACUCACCCGUUCACUUACCAGCAGCCGCCACCAAAAAUGACAACCCCCCUCCCUCCCCUCCCAGGCAAUUACGCCACAGCCCUUAACCUCAUCGAUGCAGCCCACGCCCAAGACCCCCGGCCCGGCCCCAACGACGUCCCCUACGAGCUGCACUACGCCCAAAAAAUGACUCGCUGGCUGGCCAGGCGGAAAAAGGAUGCGUCGCCCGCCCUGCAGCUGGCCUGUCGAGCGCAGCAUUUUCGACGCUGGGAAAUCCCCCGCUCAACCUACCCCAUGACCCGGCCGGGCUACCUCACCUGGCGGGCAAAACAAAAGUCUGUCGCUGCCACCCAGCUCACCGAGCUCCUGUCCUCAGACGAGAUCCAGCCUGGGCUGGACAAAGAAGAGAUUGAGCGUGUAGCUGCGCUGGUGAGGAAAGAAGACCUCAAAAAUAACGAGGAGACGCAGGUGCUGGAGGACGUGGCCUGCUUGGUGUUUUUGGACGACCAGUUUGAUGAUUUCGAGAGCAAGCCUGAGAUUGACGAGGACAAGAUAAUCAGCAUUCUGCAAAAGACGUGGGGGAAGAUGAGCGAGGAGGGGAGGGGGUUGGCGUUGGGGAUGGAGUUGAGUGAGAGGGCCAAGAUGUUGGUCGGGAGGGCGCUUGCUUAG